GCAGUUUUGGUGUUCCCGCCAUCGUACGUGAGAGAACGUGGAUUUUGGUGAUCGCUGAUGUCUUGACUUCUCAUACUCCUUCUCCGUUGCUGAUGGGAGCAUUCAAAGUUAUGUUGGUUAUGGACAUGGAAGUACCUGCAUUUGUCCAACCUGUACAAGUAUGUAUUAUUUUAUUUAUUUUAACUUCGUCCUCUUUCCUAUGGUGUUUCGUCCGUUUGUCUGCCUGGUCUUGUAUGUAUUGUUUUAGCGUAAGAGGAGGAGAGAUUCCCAAAAAUGUGUGGAUGGCUCGUGAAGACGAUACAGAUGAAUGUGCGAAGGCUCACUUCCCUGAGGAGACUUCUGCCGGAGCCCUGGAUAUUCUCCUGUGUCACUGCUCUUGUGGUCAGAGCGAUCUUCUCUGCUGUAUGCUCCCAGUACAUGGAGAGACUUCGUGAGAUGUGUCUUGACGUUAUUUUAUUCAUUUGGUUAAUAUUUGCAUCUGAUUAUUGCCUCCGGUGUUUGGUUUGAUUUAUUAUAUUUUUUGUGUAGGUUGUGGCGAUUAUGAUUUUAAAUGGUGAAUACAGAGGUGUCCUCGUCAAAGGUUCCUUAUGCAGACUGUCCCAGUGCGUACUUUAUUUUGUUUUAUUAUUUUUAAUUUGUCUUGUUUCAUUCAUCUUUUAUUUACUACAUGUGU